UUUUUUUUUGGGAACUGUCUAGGGCAAUACAACAUAAUAAAAUUGCUAUGUGCUUAUUGGUCAUUUUUAUUUUCUUUAAAUAAAUAAAUUCUUUUAGUCGUAAAAAUAUGCCUUAUUUAUUUAUUUAUUUCUCCGUCAUUUAAUUAUUACUAUAAUCUGCUAUUUUAUCAUUCUUUUUUACUAUCUAUCCCUUCUUUCUUUUCUCCUUCUUUUCCCGUCAUUUAACUCCUUUCCUUUCCUUAAUUUGAUCCUUUAUUUUUUCUUGUUUAUUUCCAUUUUUAUUUUAAAACAAAUAUGGAUAAUUUUACAACAUAUAAUGCAUCUACGCCAACAACAGUACCACUCUGCGAAAAUAAUGAUACAGAAAAGAAAGAAAAGAUAGCAGAUAUUAAUGAGUUAUCAAAUAGUAAUGAAGACAUUUCGUCAUUGCAACAACAAAAUGAAAUGACUAGCGUUAAAUUAGAGGAAAAAGAAGAAGAAUUAUUUACUACUAACGACUUGUUAUUUCAAGAAGAUUAUGGAGCACAGUCUCAAGAGUCAAAACAGCCACUCACUGCCGAGUUAUUAGCAGAACAAAAUGAGUUAUAUUCAAAUAAGCUAGAGCCAAAACCAAACGCUAUUCGUGCUUGGGCUGCUGAUCUUCCAGAAGUGCCUGAUACAGUUCAACCUAUUCUUACAUCUACACAUAUCUUUGAGAUGGAUUCAUUAACUAUGGAUGAUGAAAAAGAAGAGGACGAUUCUGAUGAAAUAAAAGAUUCCAAGAGACAGCCUUGUAUUCAAGAAACAAAAGAUGUAUUCUCUGAGACUCAGAAGAUAGCUUAUGUAGGCUUAUGUUAUUUAACAAGUUUGGAGGUAGUUCAUGAUUAUCAAGGAAAAGAUUUUACAUAUGCAAGAAUGAGUGCAGAUAACUGGCAACGUAAAAUUAUGAGAAUACUUUAUGUUCAUAUGGAUAUUUCAUCCGAUGAAAUUAAAAUGAUUGAAUCAUUGUCUAGACAUAAAAUUUUACCAACCGACCUUGUUCACCAAUUUACCUCUCAAGGUGAAACUGCUGAGGUUAAAUUAGGCGAUCUGAAUACAAAGCAGAAGAGAUCUAAUAUCCAACAAGAUAGUGACGAUAGAAUCAUCGUUGACCUUCGCUGGACAGUUAUGUGUGAUUUAUUUUUAAUUUGUCUAAGUACAGAAAAUUAUGAUGCACGUUCCAGAGUAUUUGUUGCCCGUAUUGCCUCUUAUCUUUCACUUGAUUGGUUUCAAGUUAUUGAUUUUGAAAAACGUAUAACAGAACAUCUUGUUGAGGAUUCAGCUUGGGAGACAGAGACAGUAACAAGUGUAGCUACAACAGUGACAAACAUGACAUUGGCCAACAUAGACCCAACAAAUGGUUUUGUAAAGAAUGAUGUUGAAAAAAGAAGUAGAAACAGAGAGCGUAAGAAGAGACGAUAUAUCAUGGUAGGUUUGGCGACUAUUAGUGGGGGUCUCAUUUUAGGAUUAAGUGCAGGUUUAAUGGCUCCUGUUAUUGCAGGUGGUAUUGGUGCUAUCCUAACAACUGUAGGUGUAACAGGUACAGGAAGCUUCUUGGGUGGUACAGCUGGUAUUGCUUUAAUUACAGGUGGUGCUACAGUGGCAGGCGGACGUAUCGGAGGUAGAAGCAUGAAUAAGCGCAUGAAGACGAUCAAUACAUUUGAAUUUAUACCAGUUUACACGGAUGAAAAUGCAAAUUGUAUCAUUAGUAUUACUGGUUGGCUACCUAAUAAAGAUAAAGAAGAAUCAUCACUUCCAUUUAGUGUUAUGGAUACUAUAAUGGGCGAUCAUUAUACUCUUUAUUGGGAACCUGAAAUGUUGGAGGAACUAGGAAGCGCAUUUCGUAUUUUAGCUACAGAAGCAGUUACUUUUUCUAUUCAACAAGCUCUUGCACAUACAAUUAUGGGAGCAUUAUUAGCUGGAUUAGCAUGGCCACUUGCAUUAACAAAACUAGGUUAUAUGGUUGAUAAUCCCUGGGCUAAUGGACUAGAUAGAUCUCGAUUAGCAGGUCUCAUUCUAGCUGAUGCAUUAAUGAAUCGAAAUUUAGGGGCAAGACCUAUCACAUUAGUAGGAUAUUCACUCGGUGCGCGUGUCAUUUUCUUUUGUUUACUUGAAUUAGCUCGCAUGAAAGCAUAUGGCUUGAUCGAAAAUGUCUUUUUGUUUGGUACGCCAGUGAGUGCAUCAAAAACACAAUGGAAAGAAUGUACGACGGUUGUUUCUGGGAGAUUUGUGAAUGGCUAUGCAACUAAUGACUGGCUGUUAGGAUUCUUAUUUAGAACUUCCACAGCUGGUCUUGGAAAUAUUGCAGGAUUACGCCCUUUAUUACACAUCGAAGGUAAUCGUGUAUUAAAUGUGGAUUGUACAGACUUAGUAUCUGGUCAUUUAAGUUACCGCUCUGCUAUGCCCAAAUUAUUAAAACGUGCAGGUUUUGUCGUAACUUCAGAAGAAUUACCCGUUAAAGAAAAAGAUAAAGGACGAUCAGAGAAUUCUUCAACAAUUGAAGAGCCUACAUCAAGUUCUUCAAUGAAUACUAAGAAUAAGCAUUUAGAUUCGGUCUCUUCAAAAGGGAGAAGUUCAAUAUCAUCAUUUUCUUCAAGUAAAGCUUCUAUACAAUAUCAAAUAAAACAAACAACUCUAUCGUCUGCAGAUGAUAAUCAAGUCAAUUUUCAAAAUGAUAAUACAUUACCAACACGUACCAAUUCUUCUUCAAUUAUAGAUCCCGCUACACCUGGGAAUCAAACGCCUUCUUAUAUGUCAUAUGAAAAGCAAGAACCAACUCUUAAUGGAUCUAGCACUAUUUCAGAUAUGGAUAUAAUUGCAGACAUUAUUGCAAAUGCAACAGCAGCUGCUUCAUCCAAGUCAGGCACAUACAGUUCACUUUCUUCAGGAAAAGCUUCUAUUGCGACAUCAACUGUAAAUAUAGAGUCAACGGUAGUAGCUUCAUCUUCCUCUUCUUCCUUAAAUACCUCUAGUCAGGUAGCAGCAAAUCGAACAUCAGCAUUCACAAACUUUUUUAAUAUAUCCAGUCGACGUUCAAAAUCAGAAACAAUAUUAGCUUCAGAAAAACCAAAAAUAACACCAAGAUCAUCACUUUUAUCCUCAUCCUUCUUUGGAAAUAGUAAAAAGAAAGCUGUUUUAUCAGAAGAGUGGAAAGAAGUAGAUGUAGAAGUAAAAGAAAUUAAGAGCACUUUAGGUACAUUAGUUGUACCCAAAGAAAUUAUAAAUCCUAUGCCAAAAAUCAAACUAGAGGCACCUCAGCAUGCUCGCCUAAAUCGCUAAAGAAUUGACUAUAUUGUUCAUUUCUUCCCUUGUACAUUAUAUUAUAUAUAUUUACAUAUUUCAAAAACAUAUAUCCCCUUUUCAUCAUAGUUUAAUAUAUUGUCAUUUCAACUUGUUAUUACCAGAAUUCAUAACUAAGGUUUGCUAAUUUAAAGAA